AAUGAUACAAACGGAGAUGAAAAAUCAGAAGACCAGCUGAUCUGAGAGCAAGGCCAGUAGCUUGUUUGAAAAAUCUUCACAAGAGUCUGAUGAACUUAACGACACAAGAGGCUCUCAGGAGAAUCAAUUAGAAGAAAGUUUCGAAAGAAAGAGAGUCAGAGGUUGAGAAAAUGUACCCACCGACCAAAUGAUAGUGUCUUGUUCAGGAUGAAAAGAUAUUUCUGUAUUUGGGACAGAAAAAUGCGAAUUUAUAUCGAAGUUUGAAAUUUGACAAACUGACCCUGCAACAAAUACACUUUGAAUUACCAAUGAAGCAGGCGGAUAUCUUCUAUGUGCUAGCUCUGAAAGUCCUUGCAUCUCUGUCUGGAACUUCCUUACCAGAAAGAAGGAGUCCUAAGCCCAUUUAAAACAAAAGAAAUGGUAACUUGACUGAAAUCAAUCAACAAAGGUUCUCAUGUGUUGGCAGGCACUCAAUAUGGAUCUGUAAAAAUUUGGAAUUGCCAGUCUGGAAAGCUCUUAGCUGAUGUCGUUGUCAACUCGACUCCAGUAUUCCACAUGAGUCUGGGAGCAGAUGAUUCUCUGGUGAUGAUUGCUGACAAAAAUACCGCCAGACUUUGGACACUUGCUGAUUUUUACGAAGCCACUGAGGAUGAAUACAAUCAAAAAUUUGAUAAACCAGCGAAUGCAGAAACUGAAGAACAGGUUAGCAACACCGAUUUCAGUGAAGAACAAAUUGACCAACCCUCAACCCAAAUUAAACCAAAGUGUAUUAUUGAGUACUUGGGUCAUGAAAAUUUUAUUAAAGGAGUAGCUAUUAGUAGCCUCAGUACCAUAGCCUUCACAUGUUCUGAAGACAAGAGUUGCAUUAUAUGGGAUCUUUUCAGUGGAAGUAGACUCAAAACCAUCACUUGCAAUAGUCCGAUAGUUUGAAUGGAGAUUGACAAAAUUGAGUCAACUAUAUUCCUCGCAUGUGAAAACAAGAAUGUGUAUGCAUAUUCAGUAGAAGCAGUAGUUCAUUCUUCAACAAACGUUAAGCCUGCACUUAUUUUUACCUCUCACAGCAAAAAGAUUACAUCAAUGGCUCUUUCUAAUAAUGGAAAGCUACUUGUUGGAGAGGAAGGAGGGCUUCUAUCUAUAUGGGAAAUUGGCCCAAAUAAAAAGGAAAAGUUGGUUCUCAAAUAAAUAUGCGAAGAAAGGUGCUAUCAACAACAUAAUGCCAAUCUCGGAGCUCCCAUAUAUACUUGAUUUUAAUCAAAUCAAAGAUAUAGAGAAGUUUCCAUUUCUAAGUGGAGAAAAAGCAAAAGAAGAAAAAUUCCAACAAAGUUACAAAUCUCCUAAAUCAAAAGGAUCCAAAUCAGAAGAAUCUAAGUCAGCAGAAGACACUUCAACCUUUAUCCCCAUCCAACACCCCUUAAAUCUCCCAGAAAUGUUCACAUCUUGCACAGAACUUAUCCCCAAGACCAGAAACGACCUAGAUAAUGAAUACUUGACUAAUUACUUAUACUAA